AGGCAGAACCUUCUUCUGGCCAAUAUUUAGAGCUCAAGCAAAGCAAGGAAGAGUUACUGCUUUGUAUUUGACUGCAGCUGAGUCAUUCAGCCUUCACAAUGGACUCACAAAUGGUUUUUUCCCACUUGUCAAUCAAGGCUGGCGAAUGCAUCAAACUGAAGGGGAAAGUGGCACCUGAGGCGAAGAGCUUUGCCUUCAACCUGGGCCAUGACGGUUCAGACCUGAUCCUUCACUUCAACCCUCGCUUCGAGAGCCAUGGAGAUGUCAGGACCAUCGUGUGUAACUCAAAGGCCGGUGGAGCGUGGGGCAUGGAGCUGCGGGAGGCGGUGUUCCCCUUCCAGCAGGGAGAAGAGACCAAGAUAUGUGUGUCCUUUGAUGGCGAGGAAGUGACAGUAAAGAUCAAUGGAGACCAGGAGAUCAAGUUCCCCAAUCGGCUAGGGCUGGAUUCUGCAGAAUACUUCUCAGUGGAAGGAGACAUCGCAAUCAAAUCUGUCAAGUUUCAUUGAAGUCCAGUCAUGCCCUUCAACUGCAAAUAAACAAAUGUGUUACUUGA